CUCAAAAAAAAUAAAUGUCAUUGACCGAGUUAUCACACGUAGGGUUUCUAAUUGGAUUAUGUGCUAAAAAUUGGUUUUUGGUUAAUUUCAUUACGUCUAUUUAAUAACUAGAAAGCAAGAUGUGGUUGGACGAAGCGGACGGCUUCGCCGAAAUAUUUAGAGGCUAUUUGCCUUACUAUCUGCUGGUUGCUCUGCCUAUUUUUAUCAUCAUGUCUCCUGUGAACCCAGUUGCGGCUUCUCAUGAGUUCUCGGUCUACAGAAUGCAACAAUACGACCUCCACACCGUCCCUCACGGCUGCCGCAGCUCCAGCAUCAACCUUGAAGGCCGCUCGCUCACAUCCUGGAGCACCUCUCGCCACUGCGUUGUGGCUAGAGUCCAGGACGUCAGCAUCGACCAGUUCAUGGAGAUCCGGGCCAAAGCUGGAGCACUGCUCCUGGUUCUGCCCAAGAAUGACACCAUUCUUACGCCUGAAGAGAAAGAGCACAUCCAACUUCUAGAGAUGGCUAUGAUCCAGCAAGAAGUGAACGCUCCAGUCUACUUCGCACAGUGGGCGCCAGAAUUCGAGGAUAUCAUCCAAGAUCUACAGCACAGCAUGAUCACCGAUGACAAGUCCGGCACUGCGCUCGAGGCUAUGUUCAAUGGGGUGUCUUCUAACGGGUAUCAGAUUGUGGUUUCCGCUCCAGCUCCUCAGAAGAUGGAGUCCAAGCCGGUGACGUUACACGGCAAGCUCGUCGGCCGGGCCGGCUCCGCUAACACUAUCGUCAUCGCCGCGCACUAUGACUCUAACGGAGUUGUUCCUGACCUAUCCCAAGGCGCGGAUUCAAACGCGUCCGGCGCAGUUGCAGUGCUAGAGCUAGCUCGAAUAUUCUCACGCCUAUAUGCGAGCGCGAGCGUUCGCGGCGGGCCCUCGCUUCUGUUUGCGCUCGCGGCCGCGGGACAUUCGCUGAACUACUUCUCCGCUAAGAAGUGGCUGGAGGAGCAGUUGGAUUCGGCUGACGCUUCUUUACUGCAGGACGUGUCAUUCGCAAUGUGCCUGGACUCCAUAUCCUCUGCCCCGUCUCUCACGAUGCACGUCUCCAAGCCGCCCAAGCCUGGCGGUGCUGCGUACUCCUUCAGAUCUCGCCUGGGAGCGCCCGUCAACCACAAGAAGAUCAACUUAGCUGAUGAAACGCUGGCCUGGCAGCAUGAGCGGUUCAGCAUCAGGCGGAUGACUGCGUUCACGCUUAGCUCUUUGACGAGCCACAAAGAUCCCUCUCGUAGCUCUGUCCUAGACACGCCCUCCGAGACAUCAGUUCAGAACCUCGCAGCCAAUAUUGCUCAGAUCGCGAGGGCAUUAGCCUCACACGUGUAUAACCUCACCGGAGAGCUCAAUGAUGAGGACCAAGCUCUGUAUGAUGACGCUUUGGAAGUUGAUGAAGAAGCUAUUAGACAUUGGUACACCUACUUAUCGUCGCAAUCUAGAGCGCCGCAGACUGUUACAACAUCAGCACCUAACGCUGGUUUGACUGCAGCGCUAGAGAGGGCCCUAUCCCGGUAUAUGGAUGUGUCAGUGAGUGUUCACGCCGUGGACAAGAGAGAACCAGAGUAUACAUUGUACUCACCAACGAGCGCCACUCUUUAUGUAUACAGCGUAAAACCAGCAGUGUUCGACUUGAUCCUAACGCUCGCAAUCAUCGCAUAUUUAAGCGUGGUGUACUUCGCGAUCCAGCUUUUCCCGCGGUUCUACGAAGAAUACGCCAAGGUGGUCACCGGGAAAGCCAAAGUACACUAGGUUAGGCAUAGGCGUUCGACCUUGUGGCCACAGGAGCAUUCAGGGAACAGUUGUUGGUCCACUGUGUUAAAUUAUCGAAGUUUUUGAAAUUAAAGGAAUUUGAAAUGUGCAAACUUUUCAAGAAUGCUUUAGUGAAAUUGUAUAGUGUAUUCUUACUGAUAUCAAUGCAAGAUUAAGUACAAAAGUUAUUGAUUGAAAUACGGUAUAAUUGUAAGAUGUGCUGAUGUUUUCAAUUUCGCAUUUAUCGUAUUUAAUAUGCCAAAUAAAUAAAAAUCUAUUUACUCUUGUGGUCAUGGGGUCCAAAUGCAGUGAAUAUAACAUAAAAGUCAUAAUUUAUAGUUGAGAAUCGAACAAUUUCGUUUAGGACGGUUUGUUUAUGGUUCUUGAAAACAAAUGUAUUAAAAGCAUUCUAUUGUUUUAGAGGCUAAAUACAAUUUUUUUGAUGGGCUUGAAUCAAAACUGGUUGUCUCUGGUACUGAAACUGUAAUGUCUCAAAUAAUAAGAUUUUUUAUACAUUUGUUAUCAAGAACCGAAAAAUAAAUAUUAGAAACGGCAUUUAAUAUAAAAAUCACACUCAAAUUGAGUGCUGAACUGCGUGAAAGCAAUAAUAUUUCCAGUGAAAUGAAUUUUAUUUAUUGAAAAACUUAUUUGAAAAACUAUCUCGUUGAUAAGUAUUAUUUAAAUUAAGAAUACAGUUAUAUAAAACAUCAAAAAUGUACAGUAUAUUUGAAAUCUUUACGUGAAAACAAGCAAUAUGCCAAAAAGGGAAAUUUUAAUAAUGAUUGGAAAUAAAAAAAAUGGUUCGGAAAAAAAAAAGAAAAUUAAAACGAACGUAAAAAAGUUUUUACUCUCACUGCCCAAAAGCCUUCUGUAGCAUACUGCAUUUAAAAUUCGUGUAAUUGGAAAAAUCUAAAUAGUUUUAUUAGUUUUUUUGUUUGUUUUAUCAUUGGACUUGGCACUCGAUAUAAACAAUAGGUAGCCUUACUUAUAAUAUUGCCGUCUUAUUUUGUUUUUUCUUUUAAGCAAUGUAAUACAUAAAGCUUAUAAAUAAUGCAUAGAUAUUAUCAAGGUGCGACCAAAACUAAAUGAAAAAUAUAUUAUUUCAGCAUCAAAUACAGUAGCCAAAAAGUUCAACACGUCUUUGUUACAUUGGAAUAAGUCAACUUCCAACUUUUUGGCCACUUUGGGUGUCACGAAUUAUUUGAUGCUGACUGCACGUAAAGUAGUAAGGCUACCUAUUAAAACUAUGUAUUAAAUAUGGCCACUUCUCAUAAGCAGUUAUUUAUUUCGCCGUCCUACAAGUUCCUUGCUGAUACAAAUGUGAAUGAAUUUAUGAAGUUACAUAUUUCCGAUAAUGUUAUGUUAUUAUUGAAACGGCUGGCCGUCCAUUUGGGGGUAUCUUAAGAUUUUUUAUCGGUGAUAAUUAUAUUCUUAAUAUUAUGUUAGAAUGCAUUUAUUGGUGAAUACACUAUUCGACUGUUCAUAAUACAAAGUAAUAUGAAUUCAACUUUUUUGCUAAAUCAGUGUGAGGACUACUUCAAUUUUGUGCUCACUAGUUGGCGCCACUGUAGAGUCAAAAAUAAAACUGACGCCAUCUGGAGAAGCGACAGGAGACUAUCGCAUUUGCACGUCGAGCGGCGUUUUGCAUCAAAAUGUAAUGUACGCCCGUAUUCACAAACAUUACUAUGAGGUCUCACAGUGCGCGUGGACGCACAGGGUGACACACGAACCAAUCACAGAGCUCUAUUCAACGCUGUGAGUUCGAUUUGCUGCUUCACUUAAGCAAGCAUCGUUAGUGAAUACGGGCGGUAUUGUCUCAAAACAAACUGUGUUAUGCACUUAUUUGAUUUAUUUAUUUAUUAAAAAAUGCACUUUAUGAAUAAGAUCUUUGGAGUCAAAUCGUAAUACAACGAGUUCUGUAUGUAAAUAUAUCUAGAUUUCCACCCAAAUGGUCGACAGCCUCAUAUCAAUGUGUGAUAUAUUGUAAAUGAUUGUUUAUUUGCCACGGCUUGUUGUUUUUUCCAGUUUAUUUUUAUUUUGAAUACCUGUAAAUAUAAGCUUCAUUAUUGUGGUUCAGGGAUUAUGGUGGGCAUGAUUUUCAGUUAUGAGACUUUAUUUUGAAGGAUGUAGAAAGAGACAAAACAUAAUUUUGCCUCUGGUUUGCUAUUGAAAAGAGCGAGAUCACAACACUUAUCCGAUUUAGUUGUAAAACAAUCAUUGCGUCACAUAAAGUAUUUACUUUUAUUAGUAGUGCUAGAGUAAUGAAUUAGUAGAUAGUUUUCUACAUUUGUAUAUGUCGGUACCGCGUCUCUAAAAUUUGUAAAAAGCGCCAAUAUCGACGAAAAAUAUAACAGAUUAAUGCAUCACCGAUUGGUCAAAUUUUUUAAUAGAAAGAGCUGUUUACAAAUAGCAAAUUAUGUACGCGGCAAGAUUCACAUUGACUGGCGCGAUUCGGCGCGCAGCGAAGCGUCCGUUCGGCCAAAAAUGCGCUGGAAUGCGCACGUAUCCGCUGGAAUACGGUCGGAACCGACCGGCUUCCGAAGCAUGCUUUCGCAGCCGUCCGGAUUGAAAUGUCAGUUAAACAGUUGUAAACAAUCACGUCUAUAAGAAUUGUUAAUAAAAUACUAUUUUCUUUACGGCCGUGCAAGUGCGCUCCGACCCGCGCCGGUCAAUGGGUAUCGUCCCAUACGAGGUCAGAAUUUUUCUGAAAACAUUUCUACAUAAAGUAGUUAAUAGUUUUGGAUUUUGAAUAAAAUCCUACUGCAAAGUGGCACCGUCUUGGUAGCUUAAAUUGAAAAUCACAUACCACCAUUAUAGUCUGGCUAGAGACUUUUUAAAAUCACCGGGAUUCAUGUAGAUGCAAUUACUAAAGAAAUCUUUCCAAUAUGAGAAAGAGUAUUGUCUUUCUCUCUCUUUAAUUAUUGUAAUAAUUCUAGCAACAAACUCCUUCUAAUAAAGUGUCAUAAGUAGGUCCAGAACAAAGUGAAAGACAUGUGUCGUGGUCGGUGUAAGCGAAAAUGGUCAACUUUGCAUGGAAUUGAUAAUACAGUUUUGUUUUUAA